AUGGGCGCGCACUCAGUCGUGCCGCCAGGUUGUCGUCAUGAGGGCCACGAAUACCGGCAGCUGGUGAUGGUGGACGAGGUGAUAACGCAUCCCUAUAACGAUGUAUCACGACCAGGCAGCCCCGAUGACGUACCGCUUGGGCACCUCGUGGCAGCGCAAACGUACGUCGAGGACGGCGACGCGUCGUGUACAGGCGAAGCACCACCCUCGUAUGCGGUUGCCGUACGACAGAGCUACCGCGACACGCUGAUCCAGCACAUUCCGCCGGGCCAAGAGGGGGAGUACGGCGAGGUGGAUGCCGAAAGCGAGGUGGGCGUGGACUUGGAGAGACCGGACGACGUGCGGUAUUCGGUGGAGAGGAUUGCGGCCAUGUUUGUGGUUGCGUUUGUGCUGCUGGUGGUGUCGGGCGUGCUGGGGUGGAUGGUGCUGAUUGGGGCGCUGGAGUGA